UUGAGUUUAUUCUUCAGAUAUAAUAUCGCUUAAUAUCUGCAGAAUGUCUGUUACAGUGAGUGAACCGAUUUAUAUGUUGGAUCCGUCGCAGAACUAUAGACCAGACUAUAAAGAUGUGGAAGAAUAUCGGAUCUACAACAACGAUCAGAACGACGAAAUGCAGAAAAUGAUUUAUGAAACCUAUCGACAAAUGCAUACCAAACAGACGGUGGACUUUGUGAGGGAUCGGACGGCCGUUUGGACUCAAUUCAAUACAAUAGAGCUGCCAAUUAUGGCCGCUCUCGAGAAGCUCAACAGUUUCAUUGACGAAAGUGAUCCCGAUAUUAGUUUACCUAAUUUGGUGCACGCCUUCCAGACGGCUGAAGGCAUACGCAAAGCGCAUCCCGACUUGGAUUGGUUUCACUUGACGGGACUCAUCCAUGAUUUGGGCAAAAUUAUGGCCAUCUAUGGAGAGCCCCAGUGGGCUGUAGUCGGCGAUACAUUCGCCGUCGGCUGCGCUUACGGCGAGAGUAAUGUCUACCACGAAUUGUUUGACAGGAAUCCCGACAAAACAAAUCCUAAAUAUAACACAAAACACGGAAUAUAUUCGGAAAAGUGUGGAUUAGACAAAGUGAUGAUGUCUUGGGGUCACGACGAGUACAUGUAUCGGGUGCUCAAGAAUCACAAGAGCUGUUCUCUGCCCGAAGAGGCCCUAUAUAUGAUACGAUUCCAUUCGUUCUAUCCGUGGCAUAAAGGGGGCGAUUAUUAUCACUUGUGUUCCGACAAAGACUUACAAAUGCUAGACUGGAUCCGAGAGUUCAAUAAAUUUGAUCUCUACUCCAAAUCUCCAGAACUUCCCGACAUUAAGACAUUAAUUCCAUACUAUCAGUCCCUCAUUGAUAAAUAUAUACCCGGAUUAGUUAAGUUUUAACUUUAUAUGUUUUAUAAACUUAUAAAUUAUAAGUUAUAAUGAGUUUGUGUAAAACUUUAUAUAAAUAUU